AUGGAAUCCAUGAUUGAUAUUCCAACAGAAGAAGACAAAAAUUUUAUAGUUGAAGAUGGUUAUAAUCAUGAUGAGGACCCAACAUAUGAGCCUAAAGAUUUCUCCUCAUCAGAUGAAGAAAACAAAUAUGUUGUAAUUGGUAAAGAGUUUAAAAAACUUACCGAAAAAGCUAAAAAACUUGGUGCUGAAUCUCUUGAUUAUUCAACUCGUAAAAAUAACAAAUAUGUAGCAACACUUCCAAUUGGAAAGAAAAUUCAUUUUGGGUCAGCGCAAUAUCCAGACUUUUUAAUUCAUAAAGACAAAGAGCGAAAAGAGAGAUAUCUCGCUCGAGCUAAAAAGAUUAAAAAUAAACAGGGAGAGUUAACUUUCACUAAUCCUGAAUCGGCUAAUUUCUGGAGUGUAAAUUUACUCUGGUCAGAAGAAUGA